CUUCAACAUGGCCAGGACUCAAGGCUGACCUUGACUCGUCCACGCCCAAUCAGUUCCGUGGAUUUCGGUCGGAGAGACAUUCCGUGACGGUGCCAAGCACGGGACUCCAGGUUCUCCGAGGUCCGACGCGGAGAAUGCCUCAAGAUUGCCCUGGUUCCCCGGCCCGAGUUAGGUCAAGUUCGGGUCGGAAAUUGAGCGAAGCAUGCCGGCGCGCAUACAUCUUGGCAGUCACCAGCAGAUCAUCGGAAAUGUAGCUUGAGAGGACGAGCAGCACGGCGCACGUCUCCGGGACGGCCUGUUUGCGAGCGAUAAGCACUACAGUCUUUACAUUCUUUGCACUACUCAUGCUCUAACGACAACGCACGCAGGCUCUCUCGCUUUCGAUCUCUUCAAGAUGGACGCCCUGACACCGGCCCAGGUCACUCAGCAUUUCAUCGACCUUGGCCGCACGAAAGUCCGACAGUCGUUUCAUGUGACGUUCUUCAAGGCAUGGAUGGCCGGGUGGAUGGUGUGCUUUGGCGCUAUGCUGUACCAGGUGGUACAAGCUGGCUCACCUGGCUUCCGCGCCAGCAAUCCUGCACUCGUCACAUUGAUAGGAGCGUUCUUCUUCCCCGCUGGCCUCAUCAUGAUCGUCACGACGGGCCAAGAUCUGCUUACGGCUCAUCUGAUGUACAUGCCUAUGUCGCUCAUGCACGGCCGAAUCAGGUUGUGGCAAGGCCUUCUCACAUGGGUUAACGUCUUUUGCGGAAAUCUUGCGGGCGCGCUUUGCUGCGUCGCCUUCAUGGCCCACUUCUCAGGACUGUACACGGGACCACUGCUUGAGUACGCACAAAAGAUGUCGGUCUCCAAAACGUCACAGGGGUUUGGCCCCUGUCUGCUUCGCGGUAUAGGGUGCAACUUCCUCGUCUGCGUCGCCGUCUGGCUCGGGGCCAGCGCACGUGAGGUCAUGUCCAAAAUCAUGGGCAUACACUUCCCAGUGUUCCUUUUUGUGUUCCUCGGCUUCGAACAUGUUGUGGUAAACAUGUACUACGUCCCAUUGGGGAUGCUUAGUGGCGCAGAGGUCAGCAUGGGGAGAUACCUGGGUCAGAGUUUGGUACCCUCACUAAUCGGUAACAUUCUCGGUGGGAUUCUUCUUGGCGUGCCCAUGGUGUUAUUCCACGCUCCGCCAGAGCUUCGCCUCCCCUUGUUCAGGAAUGGAAAAGCCCUCUCAGAGCCAUAUGAAUCAUCCUCCGUCCCUGUCAGUGAGACAUCCACGCCGGCCGUCAGCCUCAAGCCAGCAGUCGAUGGCAGCUAGAAACACUAGAUUAUAGACUGUGUAUGCCGAUGUUACAUUUGUGUUGCCA